UAAAAACGAAAAGUUCCUCCAAAACGCAAAAGAAAAUGUUCGCGGUAGUGCAAUUUAUUGAACAAAACAAAUUUCAAGUGCUCGCGGUACCAGUGUCGUGGAUAAAAGGUGGAGUUUUGUCGUGGCCAAAGUUAUCCAACGAGAAAAUCGAGGGUUUACGUGUAAGCGGAUCAGAGUAUCACGGUGCUGCCAAACGAAUUCCAGUAAUAAUCUGGAAAAAGUUUCGGAAGUUUGAUGCUGCAGAAAAAGCGGCGGACGAUCUGACUUUGAAAGAUGUUUCCGACGUUGAGGGGAAGAGGAAAAAAUUGAAGCCCCAAAAGAAACCAGCGCUGGAGAAGAGCAAAGAUUACAAUGCUAUGUUUGAAGGUAUUCUAGAAUAAAUGCAAAAAUAAUCAUAGGUUUCAAAAUAACAUUUAUUACAGCCCUCCCACAAUCAUCAAAUAAAGGUCCACUGCAGUCCAAGAAACCGCAAACAAACACCCUAUCGGCAUCAAACAAGCGCGUCCAGUUACCCGAAAAUCCAGAUGACGCUUCGAAGAAAGUGGCCGAGAGUUCGAUUGCAGUAUCAAAGGUGGUGUCGCCUCAGUCGGAAAUUACCUAUUCGCAGUCCAAUCUGGCACAAACGGAGCAGAUAGAAAUGCCUCCAGCGAUACCAUCGCGGGCGAUGCCUCCUCCUUCAGCUGUGCCCUGCAAGACCCAAUUAAAGCCCAUCAUCAACCAACCUCAACUGCCCCAGCCAACACCUGUUGUAACUAACCCAAGAACAAUCGUAGGAGCCCGGAUCAUUCAACAACAAAAACACGCGUACUGCGGCAGUAAUGUCAACGACUCCGUUCCGGUCAUAGGGGAGCACUGCUCCUUGAUGUCACUCCCGCAGCCUCACUUCAGUGGAGCAGAAGCAAAUGCUAUGGUUAUCGGAGAUGUACAUGAGCCGCAGCAGCCAGAGCCCAUUUACUGCACUAUGGAAGACAUCUGUUUCCUACCUGAGCCAGUCACAGUACCAGUUAAUUUGGACAACCAUCUGAUUACAGAUAAUACUGGAUCGAUUAAAUACGAGGAAUUGAAGAAUGACUUGAAGCAUUACAUCCGAACGACAAUGGAGGAAGUGGUUCAAAAAUGCUUCCAUGAGCAUUUUUCCCGACUAACGGCAUUGUCCCAGAUGAACACGAAGACUACCACUACGCCUGUUUCGAAUUCAGAAGACGAUCCGGUGGAAAACCAUAAUCGCAUUGAGAACGAGGUCCAACUUCAUGAUUGGAAUGUGAAGCUGGCGAAUGAAGAACUUUGCGCAAAAUAUCUUGUCUAUUUCACGCGAAUAAUCCCACCCAACUCCUACGCCACCAAUGGGGACAACGCAUGCUACACGAUUGUUGAUUGCCUGUUCACCAGAGACUUUUGGACUCGUUUUACCUGGACAGGAAUUAGUCGGGGACAGAAGUCGAAACGAGGAUUCAGGGAAUUUGGUAACGUUUUGAAGUUGCUGGAGGACCUGGUGCGUAUCGGUGAUCCUACAUAUAGCGCAAAGAAGUUAGAGGACUUCUGUAGGACGCGGCUGUUCCGGUACAGUAGGUCUCGGAGCUCAAACAAGCAACUGCGCAAAUCUGCAUGCCGCCCAGCACGAAAGCGUAAGGCAGAUAAGGUUGCCGAUGAUCAGAUGCUCUGCGAAGUUAAAAACGAAGAACCCAUCGAGCUAGUUGAUGAUGCUCAAAUCGACAGUGAUGAAGAAUUCGAACAAGACGAUCAGGACGAGCCAAUCGAUGAGGCAGAUGAGGCUGACGAAGAACCUGAUGAUGACGAUGAGAAUUCUGCGAGUGGUGAACUAUCUGAUUAACAAACGUUUAACAGCAUCUGUGUACUGGU